CAUAUGGUUGUGAUGUUUAACCAUCCGAAUAGAAAACCUUAACGUGGUGAACAAACUUUUGGUACUCCGCCCAAGUAUAGUCGCAUAAAGGAAAUUCUAUUUCCAGCUUCCAAGAGGGAGGGGAGGCGGAAAACCGGAGAGGGGAACAGGUUUGCUGCUUCUAAACUUAUAAUUCCAUGGCGUCUGCGUCUUCGAGCUCCACGGGGAACGCCCAAAACCCUAAAAAGUCACUGGGGCUUAUAGCAAACGCCAUGAAAAGGAAAGAUAGUUUUAUCCAACUCUUCGUCAUGACGGGAAUCUUUCUACUGAGUAUGAGAUCUCUAGGCCAGAAGUAUCGCAUCAAUAACCUCCAAGAAGACACUUCCGCCUUAAGGGAAGAGCAUGAAACCCUUACCGAAAGGAUGAAAAGCAUCAAGGGUGGCCUUACCGACGAAGCAGCUCUCGAUUCCACCGGUCUCUUCGCUUCCAGGCUGCGUCUGCUCUUUGCCGACGACGAGUGAUCAACAACAGUGAGUGAAGACGCUUUCAGGGGCUUCAGUUCAUCAAAAGAAGCUGAAGUUUGGGGCCCUUUUUGGCUUGUGACUAGCCAAAGAAGAGGAUUUAGGAGAAUGAAGGCUUAACCCGAUUCUAAAGUUAUUGAAGGUAUUCUAAAAGAGGGUUUGGAGUCUCAUUGAUGAAUUGAGGAGGAAUUCAAGUCAUUUACGGUUUUGUUUCAACCUUAUAACUCCCAGAAACUUUAAUUAUCCAACUCAUGGUUUUGCUAAAUUUGCUCUUGGUUAAUGGACAGGUUUUUAUGCUUU